UGCCAGUAGCCUGUGAUGCUAGAAAAUGGUGCAAGUAAACAAGCCUGUGGAGAUUUUGUAUUCUACAGACACGUUAAUUAUAGAUAGGUGGUCGCUUGUGUCAAGUGGGAUGCACAUCAGUGUUUUGCCGUACUCGUUCUCCGUCGUAAUGGCAGCUCUAUAUCAGGGCACGGACGCGUCCUCUCCAGAUAAAUUUCUGGCCUUGAAAGACGUUAGAGAAGUAAAGGAGGAGACAACUCUGGACGAGAAGCUCUUCCUUCUGGCGUGUGAGAAAGGUGACUACUACAUGGUGAAGAAGCUUCUGGAAGAGAAACGUCACGGAGAGAUCAACCUGAACUGCGUGGACGUGCUGGGACGGGACGCGGUCACCAUCUCCAUAGAGAAUGAGAACCUGGACAUCCUACAGCUGCUCCUGGAGCAUGGCUGCCAAGCCACAGAUGCUCUGUUGGUGGCCAUAGACUCGGAGGUGGUAGGGGCGGUGGACAUCCUUCUGAACCAUCGUCCCCGGAGAUCCUCAAAGCCCUCCAUCGCAAAACUCAUGCAGCGCAUCCAGAACCCAGAGUACUCCACCACCAUGGACGUGGCGCCCGUCAUCCUGGCGGCCCACCGGAACAACUACGAGAUCCUGACCAUGCUGCUGAAGCAGGACAUCUCCCUGCCACGGCCGCACGCCGUGGGCUGCGAAUGCACUCUCUGCAACGCCAAGAACAAGAAGGACAGCCUGAGACAUUCCCGGUUUCGACUGGACAUCUACCGGUGCCUGGCCAGCCCCUCUCUGAUCAUGCUGACCGAGGAGGACCCCAUCCUCAGGGCCUUUGAGCUGAGCGCAGACCUCCGAGAGCUCAGCCUGGUGGAGGUAGAGUUCAGGAACGACUACGAGGAGCUGGCCAAGCAGUGUAAGAUGUUCGCCAAGGAUCUUUUGGCUCAGGCUCGGAACUCACGAGAGCUGGAGGUCAUCCUCAACCACACGUCCAGCGAGGACCUGGUGGACAAGAGAGGUCUGAUGGAGGAACGCAUGAACCUCAGCCGGCUGAAACUGGCCAUCAAGUACAACCAGAAAGAGUUCGUCGCCCAGUCCAACUGCCAGCAGUUCCUCAACACGGUCUGGUUCGGCGAGACGGCGAGCUACCGGCGCAAGCACACGUGCCUGAAAAUGGCCACGGUGCUCAGCGUGGCCAUCUUGUGGCCGCUGCUGGCCGUGUGCUACCUGCUGGUGCCGCGCUCGCGCGUCGGCCAGAUCAUCCACACGCCGUUCGUCAAGUUCAUCAUCCACAGCGCGUCCUACUUCACCUUCCUGCUCCUGCUCAACCUGUACUCGCUGGUCUACAACGAGGGCAAGAAGAACACGAUGGGCCCGGCGCUGGAGAUGAUCGAUCUCCUGCUCAUCCUCUGGAUCGUGGGGAUGGUGUGGUCGGACGUGAAGCGCCUCUGGUACGAGGGCCUGGAGGACUUCCUGGACGAGUCGAGGAACCAGCUGAGCUUCGUCAUGAACUCCCUGUACCUGGCCACCUUUGCCCUGAAGAUAGUGGCCCACAGCAAGUUCAAGAACGUGGAGGACACGGAGAGGAAGAACUGGGAUGCCUUCCAUCCCAUCCUGGUUGCCGAGGGCCUGUUCGCCUUCGCCAAUAUACUCAGCUACCUACGUCUGUUCUUCAUGUACACCACUAGCUCCAUACUGGGACCCCUACAGAUCUCGAUGGGCCAGAUGCUGCAGGAGUUUGGCAAGUUCCUAGGCCUGUUCCUUCUGGUGCUCAUCUCCUUCACCAUCGGCCUGACCCAGCUGUACGGAAAAGACCAGAAGGACCCGGCCAAGGACCCGGCCAAGGACUGCGAAGGCAUCUUCUGUGUGCAACAGAGCAACGACGCAUUCCACACGUUCAUGGGGACCUGCUAUGCCCUGUUCUGGUACAUCUUCUCCCUGGCUCACGUGGCACUGUUCGUCACGCGCAUCCACUACACGGAGGAGCUGCGCUCGUUCGUGGGCGCCCUCAUCAUCGGCACCUACAACAUCGUGGUGGUCAUCGUCCUCACCAAGCUGCUGGUGGCCAUGUUGCACAAGAGCUUCAGGCAGAUCGCCAACCACGAAGAUAAGGAAUGGAAAUUCGCCCGAGCCAAACUGUGGCUCAGCUACUUUGACGACAAAUGCACCCUCCCCCCACCUUUCAACAUCCUGCCCUCCCCCAAAACCGUGUGCUACCUGGUGACCAGCAUGAGCAAAUGGAUCUGCUCAUAUACCUCCACGGGCAAGGUGAAAAGGCAGAACAGCCUGAAGGAGUGGAGGAACCUUAAGCAGAAGAGGGAUGUGAACUACCAGAAGAUCAUGUGCUGCCUGGUCCACCGCUACCUGACCUCCACACGGCAGAAGAUGCAGAGCACGGACCAGGCCACAGUGGAGAACCUCAACGACCUGCGGCAGGACCUCUCCAAGUUCCGCAACGAGAUGAGGGAUCUGCUGGGGUUCCGCACCUCCAAGUACGCCAUGUUUUACCCCAGGAACUAAGCCUGACCGACCUCCCCCACCUCGCAACCCCCUGUUGCUCCAUCCAGGAGCCCAAGCAUGCUCAGAAACGCCCCAGGGAGGACAUUUGGACCUGGAACUCAACUGGAAAAAGAUAUAUUGGCCACCAAAGCCUCCAGUUUCUGAUGCCACGUGUAAUAUCCAAUUUUUUCUAAAAGAAAAAAAAAAGGUUCUAAAAGAAAUAAGUGGAUUAUUUUCAACAAAAACACUUAAUAAAGACUUGAAUAAAGA